AUUGCCAGAGCUUUUGGGCCAGAAAUGAAACCUAACAGAGGGAGGAAGGAUCAGAGGAAGGACACACACUGGAAGGCAGUAGAGAGAGAAUGAGAAAGAAGCUGUGAGAGAAGGAGCACCUCUAAACACCUCUAAAGGGGAAUAUUAACCUCAGCCUACAAUAUGGCCUCCCCUCCAGCAUCGCCCACUGAGACCUGCUCACUGAAUAAGCAUCUAAUAUGCUCCAUCUGCAUGGAUUUCUUUGUUAAUCCUGUCACCACGGCUUGUGGCCACACCUUUUGUGAGAACUGCUUGACCCGCACCUUCAACUACAACGACAUGGCAUGCCCCCUGUGCAAGCAGCAUCAGAGCAAAACCCCAAAAGUGAACAUCGUCCUGAGAAACAUCAUCGAACAGAUAAAAAGGCUCCCAAAUGAAGACGACGACAAGUACACCGGAGCACCCGGCGAGGUGCCCUGUGACAUCUGCACAGAGCAAAAGCUGAAGGCAAAGAAGUCCUGCCUCGUGUGCCUCGCCUCGUAUUGCUCCGUCCACCUGAGGAAUCAUUCUUCAACUGAAAGGCUGAAGGGACACAAGCUGGUGGAACCCGUGAAAAACUUGGAUGAGAGGGCUUGUCUGCAGCACGGACGCCCUUUGGAGCUGUACAGCAGGAGGAAGGAGAGAUGCAUUUGUGUGAGCUGUAUGGGUGAAGGUCAGGAGGAGGUGGUUUCUACUGAAGAUGAGUGGAACAAGAAGAAGGCCAAGCUUGAAAACACCAAGACAGAGUUACAAGAGAAGAUUGAGAAGAGAAAAAUACAGACGGAUGAGAUUAAAGCAUCUCUAAAGAGCUGCACGAACCAGGUGGAGAGCGAGUGGGGCGACAUUGAGGCCGUGUUCACAGCUUUGAUUGACAUCGUGGAGAGAGCCAAGACGAGAGUUCUUCAGCCACUGAAGGACAGGAGGCAGGCUGUGGAGAAACAGGCAAAAGACCUCACAGACGAGUUGGAAGCAGAGAUCAAGAUGCUCGAGAAGAACAUCGCUGAUCUGACUGACAUAUCUGAGCUUGAGGACCACAUCCUUUUCCUGCAGAGUUACCCAUCUCUUCAAGAUAUGGACAACAUCAAAGACUGGACGGAGGUGGAGUUUGACACGAAGUUGUCUUUUGGCUCCAUGAGAACAACUGUAACAACUAUGUUGGAAGAAAUUAAACAGGAACUGGAGAAGCUGACCUCCACCGAACUUCAGAGAAUUCCAAAGUUUACAGUGGAUGUGAGGCUGGAUCCAACUACUGCAAACCGACGUCUUGUUGUUUCUGAUGACGGGAAGGAAGUGAAAGAUGGCGGAGAGUACAAGGAAGCUGAUGAUUCUCCAGGGAGGUUUGACCUGUUUGGCAGCAUCUUGGGGCUCAACAGCUUGACCUCAGGGAAGUCCUACUGGGAGGUGUGGGUCAGCAAAAAAACCGGGUGGGACCUGGGUGUAGCAAGAGGUGACGCAAACCGCAAAGGAAAACUUCUGCUGAACCCAGAUAACGGUUACUGGGUCGCUGUACAUUAUGAGGAUGAAAAGUACGCGGCCCUGACAGCACCACCCAUUCGUCUUUCCCUGAAAGAGAAACCAAAGAAGGUGGGGGUGUUCGUGGAUUAUGAGGAAGGUCUUGUGUCUUUCUACGAUGUGACAGCGCAGUCUCACAUCUACUCGUUUACCGAGUGUUCGUUCGAUGAUGAGAUCUUCCCGUAUUUCAGUCCACAUGCGAAACAAGACGAGAAAAAUGCUGCCCCUUUGAUUAUUGCUGCUGCGAAACACUGUGAGCAGGAAAUGGACGUGUCAUGAGGAAUGUGUGAGUGGAGUGGAGGAACUUUUGGGAGGCAAAAAGGUCGUGUUUGGUAGAAUGUGGAGGGGGGGGAGGUUGUGUUGAAUACUUGAUCUUCAGGCUUGACAGCAAAGGAACAACCAGUUGUGGUGAAGUCUGGCUGGAACAACGAAUGAUGAGCCUACAACAUGCUGUACAACAUUCCCAGUGGCAAUGGCCCAAAUAGCAUUUUCAGCAGUGAUGUAGUUUGGAGGCGCAGCCAAAGGCGGUGGUGAACAGAAUUAAAGAAUUAAAGAAUUUCCCCUUGGGGAUAAAUAAAGGAAUUCUGAUUCUGAUUCUGAAAUUACAUAGUGCAUUCAUUAAAUAUAUUGCUGAACUGUGUAUGUUUCUUGUGAAGUUACAUCAUUGCAUUUAACUUGCAGAAGUUUGAUCGGGUAGAAAAUACACACACUGUAUUUAAAUACUGCAGGUGCCUUUUAGCUUGUUUUGCUCAGAAUCUGCAGAAAUCAGAAAUCAACCUAUUCUACUGUUCAUGAACUGUGAUGUGUGUUUGUGUGCGUGCAGUCAACAUAUCAUGUAGCUUGACUACUAACUCACUACAAAAUGUGCUAAUUUUUCUUAAAAAAUCUCAAAAUCCAAAUAAAAAGAUCAGAAUUUUGAAAUAA